AUGCUGGGCUCGUGGUACACUCCGAGAGAGAUCGGCAAGCGAUCCAUGAUCUUCUGGCUCGCAGGCUCGGUCGGAAAUAUGUUCAGUGGCUUUUUGCAAGCCGCUGCGUACAAGAAUCUGAGCGGCGUUCAUGGGCAUGCGGGCUGGCGGUGGUUGUUCAUUAUCGACGGCAUUAUCACCAUACCGUUGGCUCUCAUGGGCUAUAUCUUCUUUCCGAAUCUGCCUCAAGACAGCAAGAAGACAUGGUGGACGACUGAAAAAGAGCAUGUGCUCGCUAUUGAGCGCAUGAAAGCGGUCGGUCGUGCGGGCAAGCAGCCUUGGACGAAGGCCAAAGUCAGGUCGAUUUUGCUCAGCUGGCACACCUAUCUUCUUCGUAAGACAUGCUAUCGUCGAGUGUUGAACCUGGCUGACUCGCGCAAGNCGCUACUGUAUGUCGUGUGGAACAAUGGCUCCCCACAAGCAGGCAUGGGGUACUGGUUGAAGAGUUUCAAUGCUAAGCCAGCACCGGUGCCUGGUCGAAAGUACACUGUGCCGCAGAUCAACAACUGUAAACUUACCACUGGCAUGUGUCUUCAGGUGCUCGAGGGCUGA